CUAAAACCCUAAAAACCAGAAGUCGUUGGCUGAGCUCUAAAACCCUAAACUACAGCUGAGCACUUAUAAACUUGUCGAAGGUUCUUCCAAAACCCUACUCUUUCGACUUUCCAUUUUCUAUCACUCUUCCCAUUUCUCUUCCUGAAUCUAUCAGUCAGCCCUUCAUUCACUCCAUUGAAGGAAAAAGAAGAAGAAGAAGAUGCCGUUGGGUGAUAGAAAUGGAGAUAAGGAGUCCCGUUACUGCGGUGUUGAAACUGAGUUCAGCGACAACAUGCCUCAACUUCUCGAGUUCAACAUUAAGGGUGGAUUCGAUUUUGUUCUUGCUCCUUUGUUUGAUCCUGCAUAUCGGCCAAGCUUAGAUCGGGGAUCUGGUGCCCUACCUGUUGCUGGGUCAGACUUGGUUUUGAGCCCUUCUCAAUGGAGCAGUCAUGUUGUUGGCAAAAUCAGCUCAUGGAUUGAUUUGGAUUCUGAUGAUGAAAUUCUUAGAAAAGACUCUGAGAUCUGUCUGAUGCAAGAAUUAGCAUGGGCUUCUCAUCUCUCGCUACAGGCGUGCCUUCUUCCAGCCCCUAAGGGUCCUUCAUGUGCCAACUACGCAAGAUGUGUGAAUCAGAUUCUGCAAAGCUCCAGCAACAUGCAUCUGUGGCUCAGGAUUCCUUUAAGAAAGCAUGAAGAUGGUGACAUUAUGGAUGAUGAUCUCUUGCCAUGUCAUGUGACUCACUGCCAGGGUGCCGAUCCUAUUGAUUCAUGGGAGACAUGGAAUGCAUUUCGUCUUCUAUGUGAACAUAAUAGCCAACUCUCUGUUGCGCUUGAUGUCCUGGGCUCACUUCCUUCUACAAAUUCUUUGGGGCGCUGGUUAGGAGAGCCUGUACGAGCUGCAAUACUCCACACCAAUGCUUUUCUAACAAAUGCUCGUGGACAUCCUUGUUUAUCCAAGCGCCACCAGAAACUACUCACUCAAUUCUUCAACCAUUCAGUACAGGUAAUAAUUUCUGGAGGAUUGGUACACUCUUCGGUAGGAGCGCCGGAAGCUAUUAACACUAGUGCUGCCAGCCAUGAAAACAGUGAUAUAGGUCAUCCUUUGAGAUCAUACUUGUACUAUGUUGGUUAUCUUUACCAAAAGAUGGAUCCUCUUCCUGAGCAGGAGCUUUAUGAGCUCAGUUACAGAGACUUUCUGCAGAGUCCCUUGCAGCCUCUCAUGGAUAACUUGGAGGCCCAAACAUAUGAAACGUUUGAGAAAGAUACUGUGAAAUACCUUCAAUACCAAAGGGCAGUUAGUAAAGCCUUGCUGGACAAAGUUCCUGAUGAAAAGGCUUCUAGUGAAACCAUAGUUUUGAUGGUUGUUGGAGCAGGACGAGGACCUCUUGUCAGAGCAUCAUUAGAGGCCGCAAGAGAAACAAGCCGAAGGUUAAAAGUUUAUGCCGUGGAGAAAAAUCCUAAUGCAGUAAUUACUCUUCAUAGCUUGCUUAAACUUGAAGGAUGGGAGAACAUUGUUACCGUGAUAUCUAGUGACAUGCGCCAUUGGGAUGCCCCUGAGAAAGCUGACAUUUUGGUUAGUGAACUGUUGGGUUCUUUUGGUGAUAAUGAACUUUCUCCCGAGUGUCUUGAUGGGGCUCAAAGAUUUUUGAAGCCAGAUGGCAUCUCUAUCCCCUCCUCGUACACGAGUUUUUUCCAACCCAUUACAAGCACCAAAUUGUAUAAUGAUGUUAAGGCACAUAGAGACAUGGUGCACUUUGAAACUCCUUAUGUGGUUAAACUACAUAAAGUAGCGAGGCUUGCUCCCUGUCAGCCAGUCUUUACUUUUGUCCAUCCCAAUAAUUCUUCGAACAAAGACAAUGAUCGUUACACAAGGCUGAAGUUUGAGAUACCUAGCGAUACGGGUUCAGUCUUGGUGCAUGGGUUUGCUGGAUACUUUGAUGCAACUCUCUACAAAGAUGUACAUCUUGGCAUAGAACCAACAAUGCCAACACCAAAUAUGUUUAGUUGGUUUCCAAUAUUCUUCCCAUUAAGGUCACCAGUAUGCGUACGUCCUGGUGUCCCUUUAGAAUUUCAUAUAUGGCGAUGCUCUGGUUCUACUAAGGUUUGGUAUGAGUGGUGUGUCGAGUCUCCUUCCGCAUCACCCAUUCACAAUAGCAAAGGUCGUUCAUACUGGGUUGGUUUGUAGUUUUCCAACUUUGGAAUUAUUCCCAAAAGAGCACCAGAAAACCGAUGAUUAUUUGCAUCUUCAGGAGUGAAAAUUGAGAGCACAUAAUGAAAAUGUUAGGAUUGCUGCUUAUCCAAGUCUUUCGUGAUGAAUUGGAACGCAGUUUUCCUCUAUCCCGCUAGAUGUGCCUGGUUUAUUUAUGUAAUGACAGUCGGAAAACCCUUCUCGCAAAUGUCUCCGAUAUAAUACUUCUGUGGUGUUCAUGAACUGUUGCAAUUAUUAAUGCUGAAAUCUUUCUAAGGCGAGUUUCGGUUUUUGAGUGGAUGUAUCUGGGUAAAUUAUCGCUGUAUUGCGAAAAAGUUGCAUAUCAGCUGAAGAUUUAGCAUGUCUAACUUGUAUUAUAAACGUAGGUGAUGCUAUCUAUCAUUUUUGAUUUAGUUUUUAAUCAACAUUUUACCUGUUAUUACCUAUUGUAAAGACAUUUGGUGUGUUCAAAUAUGCAUUAAUUCAAUUUACUAAUUAACCACAAUUUGUCUUAUCAAA